UUUCAAACAUAUUUACUUGUGCUUUUAAGUAUUUUUUUUAGAUCGAACACUAUUGCAGUGAGAUUCGCGGUAAACGGACGAGUAAUGACACGUCGGGUAAUUCCGUUUGUCUUCGCUGCUAUUCGGAUAAUCACGUGACAGUCGAAUUCGUAGACUUCUAUGGCUUUGUGACUUUAAAGAUUUUAUUUUUGUAAGUUAUUAUAAAUAAAUAUGCCUCAAAUUACGUUGUGUGUGGUCCCAUUUUGAUUAGGAAAGCAUCACAAAUAUUUUGGUACGAGUUGUAUAAAAAAUGGACUGAAAAUAAAGAAGUUAGCAACGCGUUAGAAUUGUGAAUAAUACAACAGACUUUUGAUCCUUGCCGGCUGCCAUAAUCGCAUCUCGCUGUUCUCCUGCGUUCGAAACCUAUCGUCAAUUAAACAAGCAAACAUAGUUUAAAUUAUAUCGUGUUUGGUAUCAUUUUAAUUGAAAAAAUGUCAAAAACCUGUUAAUCAAAGUUUGAUUACGAAAAAGUCAAAAAUAAAGAAGUUUUACAUUUACAUUAUUAUUGGCUUACGGAUAUACUGGAACUAAGAUCAUGUUACAUUUCUUGGCGUCUCGAGGAGCCUUCCCCCAGUGAUAAAGAUAAUUUUUUUCGGUUAUAUCGUACACACCAUUCCUGCCUAUGUGCAGACUUUUUUUUGCUACAGUAUCCGAAUAUUAAUAUAACUGUAGGUGUAUCACUUGUAACACACGUGUGUAGGUGUAUCAAAAGUGUUCCUAGGUCUAACCACAUGUGCAAAUGGCGGGGAAUUUCGAAACGGUACAACAACCCUAACCACUUUUUUCCUCUGAAAUCAGUUUUACCUCUGUUCCAGCUAAAUCGCGUAUCAUCGUGCGUGUAAACCACGCCUUAAUCCUUAGCUCUCGGGGAUGUGGUGGUGGUAGCCAAGUUUUUCGGCAGUAGCGAACCGUGCUGUGUCGCGCGAGUAUUAUUCGUUCGCGCCAACGCAUUCGAGUCGGUCGCUUCGGCAGUGCGACGACACAUCGCGAACACAUCAUCGUGUAAACUCGGACAGAACUUUUUUCCGAUUUAAAAUCAUCACCGGAAUAUCGAUUAAAAAAGGCAAGAUCUCUUCUUCGCUGAUAAUUUACUGAACCACGAGGUGUUGCCGAAACAAAAAAAGGCCAUUGUUUAAACUGUCACGCUUCCUGGAUUCGAUAAAAGAACCACCUAGACGGUUUUCACCUACAUAAUCGUUCGGCUACCGAUAUUGGGACCCUGAUCACGCGCACACCGGUGAAUAUGAUAACCAGACAUCGGUGUAGGAGCAUCUUUCUCGUAGCAACAUGUUUUUACUUUCAGGCACAAAACGCGAUAUCUGCACACUUUGAUUUCACACCAUAAAACAGUAUUACGCAAUUCGUGCAUAAUUUUGUUCACACAUAUGAUAACUGUCUCAACUGGUUCAAGUGUAAAGAAAAAUCGUCUUCGAUGACGUAACCUUUAUACGAUUGUGGCUUGUACUUGCCACCGGCAAGGAAAGUUUACCAUUAUAACACCAUGUGCAGACGGCAACCCAUAAUUAAAGAAGGUUCUUAAUUACGUUUACGUAAAUGGUCAUGGACGUUUAAUGGAUCCACCAGCGAGGAACAGUAUGUGGCGUUUUGGAUAUCCGAAUCCUGUGAAUUACAAUGACAAUGAGCUCUUCUGUGGCGGAUAUGCAGUUCAAUGGGUGCAGAACAAUGGCGAGUGUGGUGUAUGUGGUGAUGCUUAUCACCUGAAAACGCCACGACCACACGAAGCAGGCGGAGAAUAUGCAAAAGGAACCAUUGUUAGACAUUACACCGUUGGCCAGGAUAUUGAUGUUGAAAUAGAAUUAACAGCAAACCAUCUGGGUCGUUUCGAAAUCUAUCUUUGUCCAAACAACAAUCCAAGGAGCGAAGCAAGUCAAGAUUGUUUUGACAGAUAUCCACUAUACGUUUCCGGAACCAGGGACGUUCGUUUCGAGAUUCCUAUAGAAACAGAAAGGAAGGCCAUAUUUCGGUACAGGGUAACAUUACCGGCUUAUGUUACCUGUUCCCAAUGUGUGAUACAGUGGAAUUACUAUACCGGUAAUAUGUGGGGUACUUGUGAAAAUGGAACCGAAGCAAACGGAUGUGGAAGACCAGAAACAUUUCGAAACUGUGCCGACGUAAGCAUCGUUACAAGUACAGCUGGUGUACCACCGCUCUUUGUGCAACAGGAUAAUCCCUUUUUACUUUACUACAAGGAUUAUCGUUCUCCUAAUAAUAUAUUUCCUCUUGUUGUUAGAUCUCAAGUGUGCUUAGCUACUUCUCUUUACCGUCGUAUUCCAGGAAUGAAUGACUGGUGUCAAAUUAACUGUCUCCGAUACCCACCAAAUUGUCCGGCAGCUAUUUGCCAAUGCCCGGAACAGUGCGACGCAAUCGGAGAAAUCGCUGGCCGAGACGGUGCAAGUGUAUACUGUAUGGAUAAAUGUCUUGUAUAUCCACCGAGCUGCCCUGCACAUCGUUGCCGUUGUUACUGAACAAAUUAAUUUCACGUUCAAAAAUAUUAGACUAUAUCGAAAAUAAUCGCGUCUUUCAAAAAAGUGUACAGUAUUACAAGCUACCAUAAUUCUGUGAUCUUGUAUUCAAAAGUUUGAAUGCUUAAAUUAACAAAUUUAUCAAUACCAUUAAUUUGAAAAUUAAAUCAUUAUUUGUUUGUAUUAGGUGCCUAAAAAUAUUCGUUGUCGUAAAUAAGUUCAAAUUAAAUUUUUUGUAAGAGAAUAUAAUAUAACAAUCAUGUCAUUAGACGGUUUUGUUCAUCUAGUUGAUAUGAAUUAGUGGUGGGAACAUCUAGUGUCCGAUAAAUUGGACAACCAUAUACACACUGUACGUACAAAUUGAAAGAAAAAGAAGAUAUAAAUUGAAAGAAAUAAAAAUUGCAAGAAAAAUAUAUUUUUUGUUGGAUUCAACCGGUGACAGUUAAGUUUAUAAGCAGGUAUCUAUA